AUGUUUUCUUUGCGAAAGUUAGCCUACUAUGUUUGCGAUGAAGAAGAAAGAAUAUUUUAUGACGAUUUAGAGACGAUAAAAAUCGACAUUCAACAUUGUUGUAUUGAUUUAUUGAGAUUUCUACAAAAUGAGACAAAAUCAAAUAUUAUGAAUGACAAUAUUGAUUUAAACUAUGGCGAAUACUCGAUGAUUGAGAAGGCCUCAGCUAGUGGACAUCUGGAGUGCUUGGCGUUCGCCGAAAGUCGCGGGUUCCCAUUUACGCGAACUGUAUGCAUGCUGGCGGCUGCCAAUGGACAGCUCGAGUGCCUUCAGUACGCACACGACCGGGGCUGUCCAUGGGACGAGUCGGUGUGUGAGUACGCCGCGGCCAACGGUCGCUUGGAGUGCCUGCGAUACGCCCAUGAACAGGGUUGUCCAUGGGACUUGUACGCGUGUGAAAAAGCAGCCAGAAAUGACCAAAUUGAGUGUCUUGCGUACCUCCAAGACAACGGGUGUCCUUGGGACGAGUCCACGUGUGAGGCGGCCGCGGCUAGUGGGCACAUCGACGUACUUAGGUACGCGUACGAUCAUGGCUGUCCCUGGGACUCGGCCACAUGUCGGGAAGCCGCGGCCCACGGCCACCUAACUUGUCUUGUGUACGCACAUGAAAAUGGUUGCCUGUGGGACUGCACGACAUGUGAAGAGGCCGCAGCCGGCGGCCACCUCCGCUGUCUAAUGUACGCGCACAACAACGGCUGCCUUUGGGACAUGUCCACGUGUGACAAGGCAGCGUCAAACGGGCACAGCCAAUGUCUGGAAUACGCGCUGGAAAACGGUUGCGAGUGGGACGGACGCAUUCCAUGGUAA